UCAACAAAGUGGCUUCUUUGGCUUGGUCCUCCCGCCAGCUCUCCAUAAAAGUCGCCGCUGAACGCGAAACAGCACUGGAUUCCUUCUCUCUUUUCUCUACAUUUCUUCCCCGUAUAACUUACGCCGAACGAGACGAUUUUUAGAAAAUAUGUCUGCUAACCUUGUCCUCCGUGGUACCCUUGUCGGUCAUGAGGGUCCUGUCACCGCCCUCGCCACCUCUGCCGAGAACCCCGACAUCCUUGUCUCCUCGUCCCGCGACAAGACCCUUAUGGUCUGGUCCCUGACCCGCGACGACACCAACUACGGUGUUGCCAAGCGCUCCCUGCACGGCCACAACCACAUUGUUCAGGACGUCGCUAUCUCCUCGGACGGCCAGUACGCUCUGUCUGCCUCCUGGGACAAGACCCUGCGCCUGUGGGACCUGAACACCGGCAAGACCACCCGCCGUUUUGUUGGCCACACCAAGGACGUUAUGUCGGUCUCCUUCUCGCCCGAUAACCGUCAGAUUAUCUCGUCGUCCCGCGACAAGACCAUCAAGAUCUGGAACACUCUUGGUGAGUGCAAGUACGACAUCACCGAUGACAGCCACAACGGAUGGAUCUCAUGCGUCCGCUUCUCGCCCAACCCCAGCAACCCCCUGAUUGUUUCGGGUGGAUGGGACAAGGUCGUUAAGGUCUGGGACAUCAGCAAGUUCAAGCUGCGCACCAACCACUUUGGCCACCAGGGCUACGUCAACACCGUUACCAUCUCCCCUGACGGUUCCCUGUGCGCCUCGGGCGGCAAGGACGGCAUCACCAUGCUGUGGGACCUCAACGAUGGCAAGCACCUCUACUCUCUGGAGGCCAACGACAUCAUCAACUCCCUGGUCUUCUCGCCCAACCGCUACUGGCUGUGCGCUGCCACUGACUCGUGCAUCAAGGUCUGGGACCUCGAGUCCAAGUCCGCUGUCUGCGAGCUCCGCCCCGACUUCAUCGGUCUCGGCAAGGACGCCCGCGAGCCCCAGUGCACUUCCCUCGCCUGGUCUGCUGACGGCAACGUUCUGUUCGCCGGCUACACCGACAACGUCAUCCGUGUCUGGCAGGUCACCAGCGGCAUUUAAUUUUAAAAGGCUGCUAAAGUUCUUUGCAAGUGGAAUAUCGUCCGACUUGUCUCUCUUGCUGUUUUUAAAGUAGGCUUGUGUUCUUUUAGGUCUUUUUUUUACCAGUGCACUUUUUGAAGGCACAUUUCUAAUUUGAAACCCGCUCACAGAGAAACCAUUUGCAAAAAAAAACCUCCCCACCAACAAACAAACAAAUUUUGAUUAAUGAAAGUUCAAGACCAAUAAAUAAUUACGGGUUGGUGUGCGGGGGGAG